GCUAGCCAUGUGUCUAUGUUCUGCUGGUACGGGAAUCUCCCCACAGUCAAUGAGCAUGGCAAUGUGAACUGAAUCCUACUGCUCGCUCAGAAUUUGACACCUUGGCCCGCCCCAUACUUUUUUUUUUUAUAUUGAAUUACUUGUUAGUUUGUGUUUCUCCAGUUGAACGUGAAGACUAAAAUGUCCAAAAAUAUAUGUAUUGCUCCCAAAUGACGUGUAGACCGACGUGACAUUUUCCUGGGUGAAAUCCGACCUCCACGGGGGUUUGUUGUUGACGUCUUCCAGGAACGGAGCCGUGAUUGUGAAACGUCGUUCCUGGAUAGAAUUACACUGCAGCGAGUUGGACGGCUGGAAAGGAUAUCGGCUGCCUCAUCCGCAAAGAGAUGCUACAAUACUGACUCCUGUUUGCGACUUUCUCUGGCUUUACUAAGGAAGAGUUCAACAUCCACAAGAAGGAUGUUUCAGUUUGGAAACCGGCUGGCCCAGUUCCACUUAUCCUCAGGACCCGGUACUGCUACAGCGGCCACCAAAGCAGAGAGUACACAGCCUACCCUAACAGUACAGGACUUUAUCCAACGUGGCAGGAAACUUGGCGGCCUGAAAAAAGAAUACAUUUUCUGCAACCUACGAAUCCCGACCCAGUUUCAAACCGCCAAGGGAGACGACGUCGACCUUGUCAUCCUCACAGGUCACGGGGUGUUCUGCAUCGACGUGAAGCCCUGGAGAGGAACAGUGUCUUCCCGGCAGCAGAACUGGCACGUUCAGCUCAAAGAACGGGACCAAAACCUUACCAACACCUCCAUAGAACAGGUGGCAGACCCCCUUGAGGCCAUCAUGACCAAGACAGCUAACCUGUGGCAGUACAUGAGGAGGAGCGGGGUGUCGGUGCGUCAGGAGCUCUUCCUUCCCAGACUAGUCUUCCUCGCCCCAGACUGCCAGCUGGAUGAAGAGUUGAGGAAGAGGAGGGAGCUGGUCUCCCACAGUCAGAUCGACGAGUUCCUGCUCUCCUUCAGAGAGGGCUAUGUAGCCUGGGUAUCAGAUGCACUCACUCCUGCCUGGCUGUCUGGUCACCUGUCGUACGGUCAGACAGGGGAGCUGAAACAAGUCCUGAGGAAAAUGGGGACCUGGGACCUGGUCAGACUGCAGGGAGGAGAGCAGCUCAAGGGAGACUACCAGAGCUGUCCUUACAUCGCACUGAACCGCCAGGAGACGGACACCAUGGAGUUCUUCAAGAUCAAAACCAUGUCUGCUAAUUCACUGUGGGCUCUGCUGGGACACGCCCCUCAGAUGACAGUAAAGAUGUUUAAGCGUGGAGCUCCCGGCUGGCUGGGAAAGCCCCUGACGGCCACCAGCACCAUCCCCAACAACACACACGUCAUCUUCAGGAUCAAUGGAGAGGAAACAGACACCAGGAUCCCUGCUAACACCAUCCAAAGCAUCACACUCAGCAUAUGACCUUUUAACCCUGGUCACGGCCCAAAUGGCACCCUGUUCCCUAUAUAGUACUUCACAUGGAAUAGAGUACCACUUGGGUCAUCACAGACAGUGGAUCUGUAUCAAGUAUGAGAAACUAGGUUAUUCUUCACGAUCUGCAGGUUUUAGAUGUGUGCAGUUUUCUAAACUGCCAGGUUAGGCAUCUGUUGAAUCAGACUCCAUUUAAACUAAUUUACCAAACUAGCUUUUUGGCCCUUAAGACCAGAAAGGCUUCAGGGGCCUCAUAGUCUAUUCUAGCUGUCACACAACAAUUAAAAAAUAUAUACAUUGUGUUUUUAAUAAAGUAUAAGAGUACCUUUUUAUCACAUA